UGGGGUUGGCGAAAGGGAGAGAAGAGUCGGCAAAGGCGUGCAUUUUAGUACUGCAUAUUAAAGCCGAUAUGAGUUGAUCAGUUAACUUGCAUUGCUAACUUGCCUUGUAGCACAUCACCAGCACAAUCCGCGUUGAAACAAACUAUGCCUUUGCUGUUGAGCGACACUGACGGUUGUAAGCCUUGACGCUCCUUUACUUCACAAUGCCCACGGCUAGGCCGCUUGAGGUUGAACUGUCAGAAAGUAACAUGACAAUGUCGACUAGCUUAGGCGGUUCGCCCAGCUCACCUGCGGCCCUUACUACGUCAGCAACGCCCCUUAACCUGGUUCCCGAAAAGGCAAUGCUAGGCCACCAGAUCCGUAGCACAGUGGCCGCUCAGUAUUGGGGACCAUCUGUGGCGUCCACGUCGGCGCCCGAUGGCUCGGGUGCCAUGUCGAUCUCGGAUCCCUCGCCGUUGCCUCUCUUGGUUGGUUCGGGUUUAUCACGACCCCAUCUCAUCCUAGCGACCCAAGCGCUAAAGCUGCCGGGCCAGCCAUCGCCUCCCGGGCUGCCAUCCUUUUGUGGAAGCCAGGGCGGAAUGGUCAUCGACCGCAUGCUCCCCAUCCGCGGCGGGGAGGGCUGGUGGGCUGUGCUGGGAGGCCGGAUGCGGCUGGGGAGGCUGGCGGCAGCAGCGGAGGGCGACACGGGGAGCAGGCAUAACAGGGCAGCAGAGAUGUUGGCGGCGGUUGCGGAUCCGUCGUGCUACAGCCUGGGAGCAACCGCAAGAGUGCAACUGAGCAGGCACACAGUACUGCGCUCUCGUUUGGAUUGGAGCCCCCCGGCCGACUCCCAUCGGAGCCUCUGCAACCGCCAAAACCGCCAGCAACAACAACAAGCCCAACAACACCUACAGCUGGUCGGCAACAGCGACAGCAUCGGUGCCGCUCUCGCAACUGCCCCAAACGGCCUAGCCAACAACAUCAGCACCGCCACGGGCAGCAGCAGCAGCAGCAGUAGUCUGCAUCCGCCCCCGACCAACAGUGCUGCAGGCCGCCGCUGGGCUGCUGCUGCGCCCUCCUCACGCUCGUCCACACCUGCUUCUCAACUGUCGUACGUCCACGCCCCCUCCUUGUCCUCCCUGCUGCUACAGCCGCUGUCGCUGUCUUGUCAACUGAAGUCUCGCUGCUUGGGAGCAGGCACGGAAACACGUGCGGAUUUAGCGCUAGGGCAGCGCAUGGCGAUAGCAACAACGUGUCCUAAUGAGGCUAGUGUUGGUGCGGGCACGGGUACGGGUACGGGUACGGCAACUGCACGGACGCCGCUGCUGCUGGGUCUGCAGGCGGGGACUGCGGCGGCGUCUCGGGCGCCAUUCGUCUGGCGGUGUGGCGUGUUGCAGGUGACGGCGCCGCCUGCGAUACAACUGUCAACUGCCGCGGUUGGCAGCCCUAUCAGCCGUCGAGCCGGGAGCAGGGACUUGGCGGAGGCGGCGGAGGAGCUGCGGGAUGAUGGGGAGGCGGCGGGUGCGGAUGUUGGUCAGGACUGGUCUCUUCGCAGCGCUGUGUACUUGCAGGGCACGGCAGCUGUACAAGGGGAGCGCUACCUUUGGCGAGCGCCCAAGAAGUUUCAGCGACGGAACCAGGCGGUGGCGACCUCUGCCAAUGCGGCGUCGGCGGCGGCAACAACUGGCGGCGGCGGCGCUGGCGAUACGACUGCCGUCGCCGCCACUGGCGGCGGCUCGGCGUCGUUACCUCCUUCCCCAGGACUGGGCCCCCACAACCCAGUACGGCAGGCCGCGUCGUACAUGCUCUCUCGCAUUGGCGGUGGCGGCGCCCGCGGCGGCGACGACGAGGAUAACGACAGCGACCGCGGCCGAGUUGGCGGCGGCGCUGCCGCCGCCGGUGUCAAUGCGCCAUUCGGCGUGUCGCUGCCAUCGGCCAACCAAGUGCAAGAGUCAUUGAUCGACGCGACUCAGUCGCUGAGCCGGCUGCGUGACGACGUAACGCAUGCGACCCAGUGGGUCGGCGGCGGCGGCCUAGUGGAGCAGCUGGAGCAAGGCGACGGCGUCGGCGGCGGCGGCGAAAGGCGAAUGCGGAGGCCCUGGCUGCCAAUGGGGCAGCAGGCGCAGUCAGUGCCCCCAGCCACCCCCUGGAGCUCCUUCGUGGGGGAGCCGCACGUCCGAGUGGCGGGCAUCGUGGGCGUCACCGCCCGGACUCCCCUCAUCCAUGUGACCCAUGGGUCAGCCCCUCCGUCUGCAUCUUCCCAACAGCCCCAUGCCCCUUCUCAACAUCUGUUUCCCAUGCGGGUUGCGUGGCUGCAAGACUGGGGACUGAAGCGCUUGCUGUCCUCCUUUGCCGGCAACGGUGGUGGCGGCGGCGGCGGAAACAUCGUUGAAGCUAACGACCACAACCACCACAAUGUCCCCAACAACGGCUUCAACGACCCGUACUAUACCGCCGGCAGCGGCAACAGCAACACCAGCAGCUCCGCGCACGCAGCGCACGCACAAGCGCCCCUCUCCGUCGCUGGCAGCAGCAGCGGCACCCCUCCCGCGGGAGCCAUGCGCCCCUUUGCAAGUGCGGGGCUGCAGGUCCAAGCCGGCCGGUUCAGCAGCUGGUUCCUGGACUUUACGCGCCUGGCAGUGCAACUGGACGCGGGCCUGUGGGGACCCAAGACCUCACCCGCACCCGCCCUCCUCCGUCCCCAGCAGGGGCUGUCCGGUCUACCAGCAGCCCCCUUCGUCCGGCACCCCGCCUUCGCCAUCGGUGACACCGGUGCCUGGCACUGCGCCUCGCUCUCCCUCUGUCAGCAGCUGCUGGGCCCGCUGCGCCUCUCUGCCGACUGGCGCUUCAGGCUGGAGAGCAACUGCCCACUGCUGCGGCCGCCGCAGGAAGGCAGCGGCGCUGGCGCUGGCGCCUGCUCCGCCUCCUCCGCUGCUGCUGUCGCUGCGGCCGAGGGCGGCGGCAGCAGCGGUAGGAGCAGGCUGUUGGGCCACCUGGGCGGCAUGCGGGGGCGGCUGGCGGAGGCGGUGUACGGGUUGGAUCUGGCGGUGCCGGGGGUGGCGGGUGCGGCGAGGCUGGUGGCUUGGUACUGUCCGCAGCGGCGGGAGGGCAUGCUGGAGGUGCGGCUGUUCUAGGGAGUGGGGAGGGGUGAAAGAAGGAUACCCGGUGUGCUGAAUGAGAAUGAGAUCGGGGUGGGGAGAGGAGGCGGAGGAGG